UUCCCCAGACAAGGCAGCCAACCUCAGGUGAGUCUCAGCAUCUAUAGUUAUCAAGCACCCAGGAUGAAGUUUGUCCAGUUUUGCUUUCUCUUCUGUUGCUGGACAGCAAUCUGCUGCAACUGCUGCGAGCUGACCAACAUCACCAUCACGGUGGAGAAAGAGGAAUGUGGCUUCUGCAUAAGCAUGAACACCACAUGGUGUGAGGGCUACUGCUACACCCGGGAUCUAGUGUACAAGGAUCCAGCCAGGCCCAACAUCCAGAAAACAUGUACCUUCAAGGAGCUGGUGUACGAGACGGUCAAAGUGCCUGGCUGUGCUCACCACGCAGACUCCCUGUAUACGUACCCAGUAGCCUCUGAAUGUCACUGUGGCAAGUGUGACAGCGACAGCACUGACUGCACCGUGCGAGGCCUGGGGCCCAGCUACUGCUCAUUCAGUGAAAUCAAAGAAUAAAGAGCAGUGGACACUUUGAGCUGCCCACCCUCGUCCUGAAAGACUAAGACAUCCAAGAAGUCUGUGUGUACAUGUGCCCAGGCUGCAAACCACUGUGGGAGACCCCACUGAUCCCUGCUCUCCUGCAGAGGGGGAGCUCCAGGAAUGGAGAGUGUUGGGGCCUGGGGCCUGUCACCACCCAACCCUGUAUUCUAGGUCUGGUUCCAUAAGUUUUAUUCGGUUUUACUUAACUUACAGACAUGGGGUGGCUUUCCCGUUUAAUAAUCUUAGAAAUCCUCUCAGGCAAUCCCUUCCUCUUAGACAUAGGGAUAUGUGCCCAGGGGAGGGAAAUGAGCUUGAGUGGGUGAAAGUACUAAAUGUAGCAUUCUCCUGCCAGACUCCUGAGCCCUCAAGAGCAGUCCCAGUCUCUUCUUCGUGAUUGUAGCCUCAAUGCCUAACUUCGUGCCUAGACUUUAGUAAGAAACUCAGUAAUGGCUUCCUUAAGGAAAGUAAGAGCAGAAAGGUAGGGGGUAGGACAACACUGAAAGAGGAUGUCUGAGGCUAUCUGAUGAGGCUGGGCUCAGCAAUGCCGGCCAGGCCACGGAAGCGGGGCAUCUGUUCCAGUUCCGCUUCACCUCUUCUUCUCUGGCACAUGGAGGGUGGAUGGAGACAGGAUGCAUCUCUCUGAAUUGUUCAGGCAGGUGGUGGUUAACGAGCUCAGGAUUUACAAGCUAUUACUACCAACCCCUUUAGUUAAGGGCAAAAGCGAGAAAUGUUAAUGUGGGCUUGUGGAAAUAAGCCCACAUCUACUCCAUCAUUUAAAUAAAUGCAACAAAUGCUGUCAGGCUCCUGCAAAACUCCCUUUGGGAAGUAGGAAAAAAACUACAUCGCCCUGCCCUCCAGGCUGGGAUCCACACCUUUGGAGAGAGGUGGAUUUGAAAGCAGAUUUGAAAGCAAUUUUGGCAAGUUUAUAAGUACAUUUAUCUUACCUACAAAUACAUUUGUGUAAAGAAAUAGCUCUUUUAGGAAGAAUUAGCCAUGAGAAAAAAAACCAAAAAACUGCUGUUUUCUAGAAUCCUCUCUAUAUCAGUCUUUUGUCUAUCAAUGUUCUCCCAAAUCUGUUUCUUUCAAGAGGGUAAAUAUUGAAACUAUUUCAUGAGUUGAUUUCGAGAUGUUACCUCUCUUAGUUAUGUACUUGUUUCAUGUUCAGAUUGUUUAUUUAAAUCUUAUUUUUUUAAUAAAGAUACUCGCCACCAGA